AAAAAACCCUUUUCGCUCAAUUGUUUGCCCCUACCCAGUUUCUUCAUCUCUGAUUUCUCCCGUUUCCCAAUUCUUCCGCAGCCUCUCCAUUUCUUGGUCGGCAUGGAUCAAAUGUUUCCUUUUUCAACAACUCUAUAAAUUAGGGUUUCUUUUCUCCUUCAUUUCUCUUCUUCUUCUUCCUCAGUUCAACCCACAACCGCAACCCUCUCCGCACGACCCCACUUCCUCGGCUCUAAAGCAGUUCCGAUAAACACCUAUAUCACCUUACGUAUGGACAACAAUCCUGCUGGGAACCCUGAAACGGUUACUGAAGCUGGAUGGUAUAUUCUUGGUGAAGAUCAGCAACAUGUUGGUCCAUAUGCAUUUUCUGAAUUGCGCGAUCAUUUUCUGAAUGGGUAUCUCAUGGAAAGUACAUUGGUCUGGUCUGAAGGACAAAGUGAAUGGCAUCCGUUAUCGUCUAUUCUUGGGUUGACAACGAAAGUAUUUCAACAAGAAUCUGAUUUGUCAACUGCAGUUCCUGUCAACAACAACAAUGUCGACGAUGAGCUCGAGAAAUACCAGAAGGAGGUUGGAGAAACAGAAGCUACAGUUGAAGUGUCAAGUCCUAGUAGUAGGAUUUUCGGUAUGGUGGAAGGUGAUCUUGACAGACCUACUACACCACCAGAGGGUGAGGAAGAAUUCACUGAUGAUGAUGGGACAACUUACAGGUGGGAUAGGGCUCUCAGGGCUUGGGUACCUCAGGAUGAUGCAUUUUUUAAAAAUGAGCAAUAUGGGGCCGAAGAGAUGACUUUCGUGCAAGAAGAAGAAGUCUUUCCACAGCUUCUAACCGAUACCACUUGUACCUCUAUCAAGGAAGAAGAUGAUUCUGUUCCUUCCACCUCCAUCAAGGAGGAAGAUUGUGUCACAAAAGAAGCUAACAGCAAAAGUGAGGACAUGGAAACCAAACAGAACGGGAAGAGAAAGUUAUGUGACAAGCAAGUUGAAAAAAAGGAAGCAAAUAAAGGUCCUGAUGGUUGGUUUGAACUAAAAAUAAAUACACAUGUUUACAUAACAGGGUUGCCGGAGGAUGUUACUAUUGAUGAAGUUGUGGAAGUUUUUUCAAAAUGUGGAAUAAUAAAGGAGGAUCCUGAAACCAAAAAACCUCGUGUUAAGUUGUAUGUUGAUAAAGAGACAGGGAAGACGAAGGGUGAUGCUUUAGUAACCUAUCUGAAGGAACCCUCUGUUGCUCUGGCUAUGCAAAUUUUAGAUGGCACGCCUCUUCGUCCCGGGGGGAAAAUUUCUAUGUCUGUUACUCAAGCUAAGUUUGAGCAAAAAGGUGAUAAAUUUGUAUCAAAAAAAGUAGACAACAAGAAGAAAAAGAAGCUUAAAAAGGUUGAAGAUAAGAUACUUGGCUGGGGUGGCCGAGAUGAUGCAAAAAUUUCAAUUCCUGCAACUGUUGUUCUCCGUUUUAUGUUCACACCUGCUGAAAUGAGGACCGAUGAAAAUUUAGCUUCAGAAAUAGAAGCAGAUGUUAAGGAGGAGAGCACAAGGUUUGGUCCUGUGGAUUCUGUUAAGGUCUGUGAAAACCAUCCACAAGGUGUGGUUUUGAUAAGAUUCAAAGAUAGGAAGGAUGCUCAGAAAUGUAUAGAGUUGAUGAACGGAAGAUGGUUUGGCGGAAGACAAAUUCACGCAAGCGAGGACGAUGGAUUAGUGAACCAUGCUUCGGUGAGGGAUCUUGAAGCCGAUGCUGUUCGCUUGGAGCAGUUUGGUUCUGAACUUGAGGCUGACUGACUGACUCUAAAUGCGCCCAAGAAAGCUGUUGAAUUUUUCUAAUAUAGCCGUACGCCUGUAUGAAUCCAUUCUGUACAUUAUUAUUAUUAUUCAUAUUACAUGGCCUUCCUAGUUAGUGUUGCACCUAAAACCUCACCUGCUGUAAAAGAAUUUUUUCCCCUUUUCUUAACUAUAACAAAUUUUCCCUUUCUUUGAAGGCUAA